AUGUCCCUGGGCUGGGGCUGGCUCCUUCUCCCAGUUUGCAGGGCUCUGGUCGCCCCCCGGGAGGUCGGCGGCCGCCUGGGCGAGACGCUCUCCGUCCGGUGCUGGUACACGAGGGGCUACGAGGGCUACAACAAGUACUGGUGCCGCGGGGCCUCGCGGGACUCCUGCCGCAAGGUCGUCGAGACGGCGGGGCCCGAGGCGCCCCAGCGGCGCGGCCGCGUCUCCAUCGCCGACAACCACGUCUUCUGCGUGGUCCUGCUCACUGUGGAGCACCUCUCCGAGGAGGACGCUGGGAGCUACUGGUGCGCGAUCGAGAGGCUGGGCAGGGACCUCAUGGAGCCCGUUGAAGUGGCGGUUUUCCCAGCUCUGUCGGCUACUUCAGCAGCUCUUCACACCUCCCCAACAGCGUGGACACCUGUGGUCUCCACCAUCACGGACAGGAUGAAGCUUCCCAACACCACCAACGCGGCCACCCCAGGCUCUCCCAGGCCAGUCCUGACAGUCGUGGUACCCAGCGUGGCGCUGGCCUCCCUCCUGGCUGCCAUCAGCUCUGCCGUGCUCAUCUGCACCCUCAUCCGGAGGAGGAAGGAAGCCCGGCAGAGACCCCUGGGAGAGGCCAGCCGCCCCCGGCAGCACAAGCCAGCUGCAGGCUCGCAGGCCCCCGGAGACCCGCCGCCCCCUCACCCCGGUGCCGCGAGGGCCUCCGGCGCCGCCUGGCUCGGCAACGUCUACAGCAACUCCGCGGCGGCGGAGAGCGAUGGGCGGCAGGCGGUGGCGGGGGCCCCCCGGCCGCCCCCCCCGGCCGAGCGUCCCCCGCACGCCCGGGGCCCCGGGGCCAGGCCGCCGCCGCGGGACCUGCUGCUCUACACGAACGCCCCGUGGCAGGAGGAGGCCCCGGGAUCGUGGGAAGAGACGGACUGCUACUAG